AUGGGACGAACACGCAGUCAGACUGUCUUGAAUGGGAGGGAAGAGAAUCGGGUGAAGAAUCGAGAAGCGGCUGGAAAUGCAAAGAAUCGAUCUAAAAGUCUGAAUAACUCCGCAACUUCGAGAAUGAAACGAAAAGCAAACGCUGAUCCGGAAGAAACGACUUCUUUUCCAAAGCAAACAUUCACAAGAGGCUUGUCGCUUGUCAAAGAUGGUCUCCAUAAUAAGUCCACAAUUCCCGCUGAAGAUCCACCAACAGAAGAAGAUGAGGAUCCCCUAUGGACCCCUAUGAAAACCUCACAGAGAGAUAAGAAUAGGAAUAAGGAUAAGUGCCAGUUCCCGGAUUGCCAAUCAGAUUGUCGAGCAAGAGUUCCAUCUACAUGCUAUUAUCAUAUGAUUAUCCAUGGUUCACGGAGAUUUCAUUGUUCAAAGUGUCAUUUCACAACCCAUCAACACGACAAUGUUGCUCAACAUUUAAAAGGAAAUUGUGGAGGAAAAAGUGUCGACAAACUAGAUCAGAGCAUGAUCGACGAAUGGCGUCAAUUGUCAAGGAUUUGCUAUCCGACACGAGCGAAGGAAAUCAAUGCAUUCAUCACAAAGAAAGAAGUAAAGCUCCUUGCCAGUUCAAACCUCCAAACCGAUCAGGGUGCAACGGAAGAGAUGAAUGAGGAAUCACGGAACAAGUCAAAUAAAUGUCAGUUUCCAAAUUGUCGAUCUGAAGUGCAACACGACAACCAAAAAAAAUGUUACCUACAUUUGAUAACCCAUGGACCAAAGAGAUUUACUUGUUCAUAUUGUGAUUUCACUGCGCAUCAGCUCGAUCAGAUCGAGCAACAUUGCCAGAAAAAGAAAAAUACUGGAUGUCAGGGGGAAAUCAUCGAUCAUAUCGAUCAAACAAUGAUUGAUGAAUGGAGUAAUCUAGCAAUUGUUUGUUUCCCAACGUUUCCCAAUGUCAGAGAGCUCAGCGAUUUGUUCGCACAAGAACUAGCAAAGAGUCGUGAUGUUCAAGUGGUGCCAGAGCCGAGAGUUGCUCCUAUAAAGAACGAGAACGAAGAUUUGGAGGCUUUGCUCUUCGCGCGAAUUUCUUCAGCAGAAAGAGAAAGACUCCCGGAAGCGAAUGUCUCUCCAAGAUCAAGGCCGACCAGUCCGCUAAGGAGAUCAUGCUUUAUGCAACAAAGAACAAUUGAGGUUGACGAUGAGAAUACACAGAACACGGAGGAAAGGAUUGGUCGUCGACAGAUUGAAGAGCCUCCCUUGAUACCAAUUCUACCGCGCUCACGAUCAAUGAGUGAUGUUCGCCGAUUGGAUUAUCCAACAACCUCGGGAAAUGCUUCACCACAGUCCAAUGAUGUUCCAACCUUGUCUUUGUCGCUUGUAAAAGAUGAAAGCUCUCCAAGAAUUCAAGCAAUUCAACAACAAGACAGUGGUUUACAAAUUCAGCAAUUGACUCAAGAAGUUGGGAGAUUGAAAGCCGAGAAUGAAAUGCUGAAUACCAGAGUUGCCGACGAAAGGAAGCAGAAAGACAUGGCUCAAAGGCUGCUUGGACAACGGGUCACCGUGAUCGAGAUGCUUGAGGAAAGGAUUCUUCAAUUGGAAGCAGAACUGGAAAAGUGCGUUGUCACAUUGGAU